AUGCUCGGUCUAAACACUCGGGUCGACUGGCAUGUCGGACGGGCGUCGGACGCGACUAGCCGGCUCGCCGAGGUGCCGUCGGCCAAAUCUUCGGUCAUCAGGAAUGCGGCUUCGGGACCAGUUGAAUUAAUCGAUCCUCGACCUCCGAAAACAGAGGAUUUGCGCCCCAAACUGAAAACAUCAACCGACUUGGAUCCCCACAGGCAGGCUUGA